UAGGUAAUUAACUUGCCAGGGUGGGCUGUGCGUGGGGCUUUCCUUGGGCAUGAUGCUCAUACUUCGCAGCGCUCCACAAAUUGUGCACACGCAGCGCUCUGGAAAUGAGAAGAGACAGAAAGUCAUUUCGAGGUGGCGAAAUAGGUUCUUCAAAGGAGCGCCCCAGCUAGUCUAUUGACUAGUGUAUCUGUACCGCUUUCCUUGGUUGCUCUUGGAUGCUUGCAAGAUGGUUUCUGAGGUUGUGGUACACCUUGCGACAGGGCGUGGGUAUGUUUGGAGUGCUGAUGAUGUGAAGCUGCUGCGAGAGCAGCGCCGCUUCAUUGGCGCUCUCAUUGGACCCAACACGGGCAACACCCACCAGGAGCACAUGCCCCACAGCCUGCCGCUGCUGCUGAUGCCGGAGGAAUUGCAAUUGGGCCUCAAGAGAGGCUGGUUCCUGAUUGCACCAGACCCGUUGCCGCUAGCUGUGCUGUCACAAGCCCCAGCCCCAACGCCUACCCAAGAAGAUUUGGAAAGACUCUCGGAAAAAAGAUCUCAGAGCGAGGCCACAACAGAUGCAAACACAAGCCAGCCUAAAGAACCAUCACCGCCAAAUGUACAGGGCCCUGCUACAGUACCAACGACUGUACCAGAAGCAGGGAAGCGGGCUGCAAUCAUCGACACUGAACGGAUAGCCUCCGAUCGAGUGGCAGACAACGGAACAGAUGCAAUCCAGGAUAGACAAGCAGACGAAGAAGUGUCGUCGAGCCCGUCCGCCUUAGAGAGUAGGGGAGAGGCUGUAUCAGGGGUAGAGGACGCCACAGUGGGCGCCGGUGGUGAUGCAGGAUCAGACGCUGCUGCGGCGCCCUGUGAACCGUCCACCCCUGCAUCAGCGCCUGCAAAGAAGAAGAAGGGAAGCAGGGAGGAGGAGUACUGGCUGUCAUUUGCAGGCACCAUGCAAAAGAAUGUCUUGACCAAGUCACCGGAUUCCAUAGAUGCAGCCGUGCCUGGUGUGCCCGCUCCCCCGCACGAAGAGUCGGACCGCUUUGUAGUUUACGAGGACAUGUACGUCAGAGGGUAUACCAUCACCAGUGGGACCAACUUUGGGGGCAACUUCCUGGCUUAUGCAGGUGAUCCGAUGGACUAUCACUCGGAGUUUGUGGUGCGGGUACUGUCGAAGGCCUCGAGGUUACCUUAUCCAAGUUUGUCAGCUGCAAGUCGUGUGGCUUUGACGGCUCGGAAGAAGUUUCUGAUAGCACUGGUUAGUCGGAAGGAAGGCGGCUCUGAAGGCUGGGAAAGGCAGGUCCAGUACUUUGUCAUUGCUCCCGAUCUGGUCACGGCGUCUGGGGUCAGCCGGGGACUCAGAGCCGUCCCUCCACCGCCACCUCGAAAGAGAACAUGAGAGUUCGGAGAGCAUCUACAGGUCCUGUCGAGCUUCUCGUUUGCAUUAGACACAUACGUGGGUUCUCGACAAGGAUCUUCCGAUCAGAUUUUCUGAAUAUGGAACAGCCUGCAUGGGCUUUCUCCCUUUGCCAAGUUAAGCCCAAGCCUUCUCGAU